AUAAUCAAAUAUUUACUUGCGACACUUAAUUCGGAUGAAUUGAAAUGUGGGACACCACACAGAGGUGACAUUAAAGAUAAAGAAAUUGGCGCGCCUGAGAAGAGUAUCUAGGCUUGAACAACAGAUAAGGCUGUUAAAGGCAGGGGGUAGGUUUCAGUGUUUAUCAGAUGUUGACGAUAGCAAUCCAGCGGGCAGCGCCAGCGGCCCCACCAUCGCGAGCGCGGCCGGCGCGGCGUCUGUCAUCAUCAGUAGCAUUCACACCGGCGAGCGAUCCGCACGCUGCGCACGAGCACGCGCUUACGGACGGUAGUGAAAGUCGCGCACACGGGUUCCGCUACGAUUUCGUACAACGACGUCUUCGUCUAGUUAUUCUGUUUGUUCGUUGCGCCAGUGCAACGGGGAAAGGAGGUCGGUGCUUGUCCAAAGCCCGUACAGUGAUUCAACGAAAUUUCGAUCAAAUCAAGCCGAAAAUGACAGAGCCGUAAUUGUCAUGUUGGCACCCUGAAUCGAAUGAAGUGUGACAGUUAACGAGUUCUAGUGCUAUUCAAAAUGAGUGUUGAACCGACUUUGACCGAGUCGCCGGUGCCGCUGGCGCUGUCGCGGCUGCAGAGCCGGGCCGGGCGCACGCCGCGCGGCCUGCGCACGCACCGGCCCAGCCUGCAGCUCGCCAGCCUGCAGGAGUCCGCCGACGAGUCCCCGCGCCGGUAUAGCGGGGAACCAUUCGCCGCCGACACCGACGAAGACGAGGCCUUCGCUGACGGCGGGGACGGCGCCGAUGGCGUAGUUUCUGAAACACCGCCUCCAUCACGAUCUGGCUCCAACGGCCGCCGAGCAUCAGAAGCGACGUUCGCUGAACGAUACAGACAGCUAAGCGACUGCGACGACCCGCCGCCUGAUCCUCCUCGUCGCGCCUCCCUAGCUGUACCCGUAGGCGCAGAAGGUUUCGGAGCUAACGACAAGGGUCGGAGACGCUCGUGGGCGGCGAGGUUGCAGUUAGAACGGAAAAAGAGAAGGAAGUCAGGUGGAAAUGAUACCGACGAAGAAAGUGAUACUCCAAUGUACGUCCGCCAGAAGCGACCCUCCUGGUGGAACGUGUUUGUGCCAGAUAAUAUGCUGAAAAACAGGUCUAGGCGUGCCUCGCAGCAGCUGUCCAGAAGUGCCGAAAGCAUCGACCAAUCGUUUAAAAGGUCGAAAAGUCGUUCGGUGGACCAUGGCUUCUCUCCGCCAUUUGACCUGGAGGCGCUGCGCUCGAAGGUCGAAGGCAGAUUUGAUGCUGUUCAUAGAGAUGAAGACGAGCACGCCAAGAGAUUACCGCCCCCUCCACCCAUUAAGACGAUGACUUACACGGUCCGCGACCGCGACACCCUGACAUCGCUAGCGGCGAGGUUCGACACCACCCCCUCGGAGCUGACCAAGCUGAACAGGCUCGCCACGCAGUUCAUCUUCCCGGGUCAGACGCUGCUAGUGCCCGACAAGCGGAAAGAUGGCGAUAAGGACUCUGAUGGUCCGUCGGAGAGCGGCGACAACACAUCUGAGUCAACACAGGGCGCUCCGAGUGAGCCCGCACAAGAAAAAGAAAUCCUGGAUAGCUUGCGGCCUGUGUCCCCGGAGACGCAGCAGAGCAACGCCGCGCCGCAGCGCUUCCUGAAGAUCAACGUGCGACACAUCACUGAUGGACAGGGCGUAGUGUCCGGUGUCCUGCUGGUGACCCCGAACGCGGUGAUGUUCGACCCGAACGUGUCGGACACGCUAGUGAUGGAGCACGGGCCCGAGUCGUACGGCGUCAUCGCGCCCAUGGAGUACGUCGUCAACGCUGCCAUCUUCUACGACAUAGCGCACAUGCGCACGCACGGCCCCGACCAUAACACGCACAAAGCCGAGCAAGCUGAGAUCUACUAUAUGAAUAAGUCGGAACUUUCACCCGGAAAGGAUUCUCUUCUAGUCAAAGAUGAAACAUUCCCCGAGCUGCAGGCGGCCGGGGGCGAGGGCCCGGAGGGUGCGGAGGGCGGCGAGGGGGGAGAGGCGCGCGCGCCCGACGAGGCCGAGGACCGCGGCGGCGCCGCCUUCCCCAAGGCCUUCGACCGGGAGCUCGUCACGCCUACUGCGCUGCAGCAAUCUACUGAAGAUCGACGAAAAUCUUUACUGGAUCAACAUUGGGCCAUACCUAGCAAGGACAGGAUGUCCAUCGACCAAGGAAGUGAGGUGUCGUCCAGCGCUGACGUCAAGGACGACAGCGUAGUAGGUGCAAUAGGCGCGGCGGCGGCGGGUUCUGGCUCCGAGGCGGGCGACGCGGGCGAUGCGCGCGACGUGCCCGACGUGCGCGACGUGCCCGACGUACGCGACGUGCCCGACCCGCGCGACGCCCCGCACCUGCCCGCCGACGACGCGCAGCAUCUCGUCAAGCUGUCCUACCACGACUCCGGCAUUGACAUCCGUGACCCACUACUGCAUGUCACACCUGCUAACUCUAAGAAGGGUUCACUCAUAGAUUGCGAUGAGUAUUACCAUGAGAUAGAUACGAUAUACGAGUCGACCGAGCUGGAGAUACGCGGUGGUAGUUGGAACCGCGAGGCGGCGCAAGCGCUGCACUGUUUUGUAACACUGCACAGGAACAGGAACAUUGACGCGAGGUCUGACUCGGUGUACUCGUCUUGCGAUGAGGUGUACAGCGACGCGGACAUCGUCCUGUCGGCGGACUGGGUCCCGCCGGUGUGCCUGUCGCGCGGCGAGGCCCCGCUGUCCGCGCCGCCGCUGGGCGAGGCAGAGCGGGCGCGCAAGCCUGCUGCUGUCUCCUUCUCGCUCGACGGUGCUGCCCAGCGUGACGAUAAUGCCAAACCUGAUAAGAAAAAUAAGAUGCUGAAGCGGCUCUCGUACCCGCUAUCGUGGGUGGAGGGCCUGACGGGCGAGGGCGCGGCGCAGGGCUCGCAGAGCGACUCGUUGCCAACCUCCGCCGACAGCCACAACUCUACCAGCGUCUUCUCCAAAGUAUUCAACAGACGCAGCUCGCUGGGCGGGUUCGGUCGCUCGCACACCAAGUCGACAUCGAGCAGCGGCAGCGCGCCCCCUCCCCGCCUCGACUACCGCAGCAUGGUCUCCGUCGACGACAUGCCGGACCUGUUCGCCUCAUUCGAUAAACUAAUCCCGCGCCCCGCUCGUCCCAGCGACGACCCGCCGCUGUACCUGCGCCUUCGCAUGGGCAAGCCCAUCGGCCGCCCGCUGCCGCGCACCACGCCGCUCAUGUCCUACGGCCGCAAGCGCAUGAAGCCUGAGUACUGGUUCGGAGUGCCCAGGAACAGGGUCGACGAUCUGUUCAAGUUCCUGACGCACUGGGUGCCGGACCGGUACGGGCCCCUGGGCGACGUGGCCGCGCAGGGCUACGAGCUCAUCGACAGCGACACCGAGUGGGACGACGACGAGGCCAAGCCCGGGCAGAAGGACGAGCGUACUGGCAGCACUGGCGACGUGUCCGACCUCACUCGCGAAUCCUGGGAGCUGCUGAAGGCGCCCUACGUGAAAAUAUAUUCGAUAAUGAAGAGCCAGGCCGAGGCGCUGGGCGACUCGCUCGGCGAGGAGCCGCGCCAGGAGGUGCUGUCGAUGAGCGAUGAGCUUCGCCGCGCGCUAUACUCGUCGGGCGCCUCCAUCGACAUGGAGUUCUCGCCGCCCGACCUCAUCGGCACCUCGGAGGUAUUCACCAUGGAACACAGAGAGAAGUUGUGCUCGGUGUUGCCGGCGCGCGCGCAGGGCUACAUGUGGUCGCUGACGUUCAGCACGAGUCAGCACGGGUUCUCGCUCGCCUCCAUGUACCGCAAGAUGCAGCGCGUCGACAGCCCCGUACUGCUCGUCAUACAAGACACAGACAACAAUGUGUUCGGCGCCCUGACGUCGACGGCUCUGCACCCGUCGGAGCACUUCUACGGCACCGGCGAGUCGCUGCUGUUCUCGUUCCAGCCCGUGGAGGACACGCGCCGGGCCUCGCAGCCCGCCGACACCGACAAGGAAGACAACAAGGAUGACAAGGAUGAUCAAGUAGCGCCCGUAAAAACUAAGUUCAAGUACUGGGGCUGGACUGGCGAUAACAUGUACUUCAUUCGCGGCAGCAACGAUAACAUCUCGAUCGGCGCCGGCGACGGCAAGUUCGGGCUGUGGCUGGACGGCGACCUGUACCUGGGCCGCACGCAGCGCUGCAAGACGUACGGCAACGAGCCGCUGACGACGCGCGAGGACUUCAUCGUCAAGAUCAUGGAGUGCUGGACCUUCAUCUGAGCGCCGCGCCCUCUGCUCGAGCCGGGCCGCAGCCACGCUGCCCUCCCACGCAUAGCGCUACACUACUCUACUUUCAAAUCAACAAAUAAGCUUUAGAUUAUCUUAUGAAAUUUGCUACGAAGAUUUGACACUUUUACAAGUCAGUCUUUUCGACUUUAGUAUCGAUGAGUCUGAAAACGAUUUUGUACUCGCAUUGUGACUCGAAACGUAGAGCGGCGCAGACCGACCUCGAUCGGCCGUCUGAAGACAAUAUUAUUAACGUCUACGCGCAUUUCUAGUCAAAUGUACUGAAACCUGACCAAUGUUUUCAUCCACUCCGAAUUUAGAGGCGUGUUCGGAUACGAGUGCGGAGCCGGAGCAUUCAUCCUAGUCAAUUGUCAUUUGUGUGUAAGUUACGGAGGCGUCUGGACGGGCCCGGCCGCCGGCGGGCGGGGCGACGUGCCCCACGCCGAUAAUUAUUACGUGUCAAUUCAUACAAUUAAUAUUGUGCAUUGUUGUUAAGGAAAUUAAAGGCAUAUUUGUAACUAUAAAAAUCUGUAUGUUAUGUAGAACUUUAUAUAUUAACGAAUCAAUCAUUACAUACCUACUAUAUGUUUAGCGCCGACUAAAGGCGCGUCCACUAGUGUCCAGUAUCGAGCAAUGUAACACGCAUUAAUUUUAUGAAAGUGAUUCUUGUUCAAAUUGAUUGAUUACUCGCUUCGGAGGUAUUUGGUGGUGUUUGGCAAAGCGAAAGCUAUAACGAAUCUUGCCAAGGAGCCGAGAGCCUCGAGCCGCUCGCGUGAAGCCCGCGCAGGAUCGGUGACACUGUCAGUAUAAAUAUUUUAUUUAUUAAUAUUUUGUGUAGAUUUUGUAUGUUAUGUUGUCGUGUCUGAUUGUAUUGAGUCAUAAUAUUAAGUUAGUGAGCAUAAUUAUGUUACACUUGUACUGUGAUUUGAUUAUUAUGGUUGCAUUUUUUCACUUAUUGGAGCGUUGUCACUGAUUAUUACCUACAUACCAUGAUGUGCUGAUCGCAGUUUAGUGAAUAUCUAACAUAUCCUUAUCAUCCAUGUCAUUGAUGUCAUACCUAAAUGUUAACGAUAGCCUACGGGAUACGAACACGCAAUCAAAUAGUUUUCAAGAAACCAUAGAUUAUUUUCGUGAUGUGACGCUUCAGUACAGAGAUGAGUAGCCAAUAUAUGAAUAUUAUUAAUUAAAUAAA